UGACAACGACUGUCAUCCGAAGAACUCGCGCAUGUUUUUAUUCUCGAUUGUUCCACACUUUUUAUUAAGGCAAACCGAAAAGCCGCAGCUGCACAGCUUACCGCAAAUAGCACAAGGAAACUAGGAAAGAUCGUGCAAACCCUACGAAGUAUCGUGCCGUUGAGAAGUCUUUGUGUAAGGUUCACAGUUGGUGCCAGUGAAGGCUGCGUUAGUAUCCAAAAAUGGCAACUCAAGAUUUAUCGCAAAAUAAGCAGGAGGCGCUGAAAGAAAAAGAUCUGGGCAAUGCUGCGUACAAACUAAAAGAUUUCGAAACAGCUCUCCAGCACUACCGCAGUGCGGUGACGCUCGAUCCGACGGAUAUAACAUUCCACAAUAACAUCGCUGCGGUCUACUUUGAACAGAAAGAGUUCCGAAAAUGUAUUGAAGAAUGUGAAAAAGCCGUUGAGGUUGGUCGGGAGAAUCGGGCCGACUAUAAGCUCAUUGCCAAGGCGUUCACGCGUACGGGGAAUGCAUACAGGCGGUUGGAGGACUACAAAUCCGCCAAAACAUAUUUUGAAAAAUCAUUAUCCGAGCACCGUACGCCAGAGGUUAAAUCCCUGCUAAGCGAUACCGAGAAGAAGAUCAAGGAAAUUGAACGCUUAGAAUAUAUCGAUCCAGCAAAGGCCGAAGAAGAGAAAGAAAAGGGGAACGAAUUCUUCAAACAGGGUGAUUACAGCACGGCUGUUAAACAUUAUUCAGAGGCCAUCAAGCGCAACCCGGAUGACGCAAAACUAUACAGCAAUCGUGCGGCCUGUUAUACGAAACUGGCUGCCUUCGAUCUCGGGCUUAAGGAUUGCGAAGCUUGUUGCCGGCUGGACGAAGGAUUUAUCAAGGGUUGGAUCCGCAAAGGGAAAAUUCUGCAGGUAAUGCAAAAAUCUUCGGAAGCCCUGACCGCCUAUCAAAAGGCACUGGAAAUCGAUCCAAACAAUGCGGAAGCACUUGAGGGAUACAGGGCAUGUACGAUGGCUGUACAUGCUGACCCUAAGGAAGUUUGGAAAAAGGCAAUGAACGACCCAGAAGUCCAACAGAUCCUCAAGGACCCUGCAAUGCGUGUUAUUCUCGAACAGAUGCAGAACGAUCCAAAAGCUGUGCAAGAGCAUCUGAAGAAUCCGCAAGUCGCUUCUAAAAUUCAAAAACUUCUAGAAUCUGGAAUCAUCCAGAUCUAUUAAGCUUGCUCGCUAUCUACCACAUCAGUGCGAUAAAGAGACGGAACGUUUCCAUUGUCGAUCAUCUUAUACCGCUACGAAGUUACUACGAAUGCACUCUAACAAUGGCUGGAUUCGUUACGCCGAUAGCGUUUGUCGGUAUUUAAGUGCUGAGCAAUUUGGUUCGCGCAGAAAUAUUUUCAUUAUUCUUCAUUUUUACUUUUUUUUGUCCACGCUUACGACUGUUAUAGUAGGAUUAGCGUGUCAGUUGUUCGACUUGAACGGAAAGAUCGGCUACCCCGCCGCUUAAAACAGUGCGUGCACUACUUACACACCUUGUCAUUGCCUAACAACAAUUUUGGUUAAGAAAACGAUAAUCUAGCAAAACAUAAGGAGUACUAAGUAGUUCUGAAUUAAAGCAUUAAAAAAAGGAUCAGCAUGGAGUCGAAAGCGCCAGUAGAAUAGGGAUCAAAUCGGCGAAAAUAAACUAUUUGUACCACUUA